AUGCCGGCCCCACCGGGUCCCGGGACUCCCAGCAGCGUGAGGAAGGGGAGAGCGAUGCGGGAAGCGUCUACGGGGCCCGGGCUGCUGCGGCAGCGCGCGGCAGCAUCGCGGCUGCACAGGGCAGCCCACCGGGCCUCCGGAGAUCGGGAGGGUCCUGGGAAGCGCAGGCCAACCUCUCAGUAUGGGGAGUCGCCACAAUCCCAGGGCGCAGCCAGUCCCGCUGCCCUCUCGCAGAGAGCCCAGCGGCUUCGGCGCCCGGUGCCACUUCGCCAACCUCUCGCGGUCCCCUGGCCUGUGCCCCCAGCCUACGCCGCCGACAGGGCAGCGGCCGCCAGCCAGCUGUGCCCUGGAGCCGAGCGGGGCAGCACUGCUUCCUCCCGAGCCGCAGCGCUCCCAGUGACAGUUUCUUUUGUAGCCGGUCCCCCCAAAUCGCCGGUCCCUGCUCCCUUCAACCCUACAGACACUUGCGCGUCGUCCCCCUUUCUGCUCUUUUCCUUCCCUCCCUCCCUUGCUUCUUUUUACGCUCAAACAAUUGCUGCUUCUGUUGCCGCUGCAGAGACGAGUUUUAAGGAGGCUCGGCGGAGUUGCAGCGCCGCGGGAGCGGGAAGGCCGGGCGCCGCCCACGCCCCGCCCUCCGCCCUGGUGGCGCUCUCGCUCGCCGCCUCGCGCGCCCCGCCCCCCGCCCCGCACCCUUUCUCCCGCCUCCUCGCUCCCUGCCUCCCUCCUCGCGUCUCUUGCGCCGGUUCCCACCCGCCAGCCCCGCGGCCAGGCCCCAGCUGGGGCGGCGUUCGGCCCCGCAGAGCCGGGUUUGGCCUCCUCGGGCUGGCGGGCGGGAUGGAAUCUGCGACGCGAAACCCCGGGCUGCCCCGGGCCCGGCGGGGGCGGGGGUGA